GCGAGCCUAGGUCUGGGCGCUGCGGGCCGCGGGGAGCGAGCAGCCCGCGCCGAAGGGAAGCCGGCAUGGACGUGUACCGCACCCCCGCCGCCGCGCUGGACAACCUGGUGGCCCGCCGCCUGCAGCCGUCCGCCGAGUUCGUGGGUGCUGCGCGGCGCGCCCUGGGCGCCCUGGGCGCCUUCUUGCAGGAGCGCGCCGCUGCCCAGCCUUGGAGGGUGCUGAAAAUCGCCAAGGGCGGCUCCUCUGGCCGGGGCACAGCUCUGAGGGGCGGCUGCGAUUCUGAACUCGUCAUCUUCCUCAACUGCUUCAAGAGCUAUGAGGACCAGGGUGUUCGCCGAGCAGAGGUCCUCAGCGAGAUGCAGGCCCUGCUGCAGUCCUGGUGGCAGAGCCCCAUCCCGGGUCUGAGCUUUCAGUUUCCCAAGCAGGACACGGCCAGGGCCCUACGCUUCCGACUGGCAUCCACGGACCUCGAAAACUGGAUGGAUGUCAGCUUGGUGCCCGCCUUCGACGCUCUGGGACCCCUCACUUCCAGUGUCAAACUCAAGCCUCAGAUCUACUCCAGGCUCCUCGACAGCGGCUGCCAGGGGGGCGAGCACGCGGCCUGCUUCGCAGAGCUGCGGAGGAACUUUGUGAACACUCGCCCAGCCAAGCUGAAGAACCUGAUCCUGCUCGUGAAGCACUGGUACCGCCAGGUGUGCAGGGAGGAGGUGAGGAGGGAGAAGCUGCCUCCAGUCUACGCCCUGGAGCUGCUGACCAUCUUCGCCUGGGAGCAGGGCUGUGGGAAGGAAGCCUUCAGCCUGGCCCAAGGGCUCCGGACCGUCCUGGGCCUGAUCCAGCGGUAUCGGCACCUGUGUGUUUUCUGGACCCUCAACUACGGCUUCGAGGACCCUGCGGUCAGACAGUUCUUGGGGUACCAGCUUGAGAGACCCAGGCCGGUGAUCCUGGACCCGGCUGACCCCACGUGGGACGUGGGGAACGGAGCAGCGUGGCACUGGGAUCUGCUGGCCCGAGAGGCAGAGUCUUGCUCUGAGCACCCGUGUUUUCUGCAGGCAGCAGGGGGCGCUGUGCAGCCCUGGGAGGGGCCCGGCCUUCCAUGUGCUGGCUGCUCAGGUUUAGACCACCCCAUCCGGCGAGACUCUGCCCAAGGGACCGCUAAGGACAGCAACAGUCUCAACGCCAUGCGGCGGAUGGCAGGGAAUGGACAGCCCUCUCGCCCAGCUCCCGGCCCCUCGGGGGCAGCCAGCACCACCCCCUGCACUCUGGGGAUGGCCUUGGAUCUGUCUUGCAUCGGCCCCAAGGACCUGGACCGCUUCAUCCAGGACCACCUGAAACCGGACCCCCAGUUCCAGAAGCAGGUCGCCAAGGCCAUUGAUGUCAUCUUGUGUUGCCUCCGCGAGAAGUGUGUCCACAAGGCGUCGAGAGUCAGCAAGGGGGGCUCAUUUGGCCGGGGCACAGACCUGAGGGGCUACUGUGAUGCCGAACUCGUCAUUUUCCUCAACUGCUUCAAGGACUACGGGGACCAAAAGGCCCGCCGCCGCCGGGAGAUCCUUGAUGAGAUUCGGGCACAGCUGGAAUCCUGGUGGCAGGACCCAGUCCCAGGCCUGAGCCUCAGUUUUCCUGAACAGACCGCACCCGGGGCCUUGCACUUGCAAUUGGUAUCCGGGACCUCAGAAAGCUGGGUGGACGUGAGCCUGCUGCCCGUCUUUGAUGCCGUGGGGCAGCUCUGCUCUGGCGCCAAACCUGCGCCCCGGGUCUACUCCAGCCUCCUCGACAGCGGCUGCCAGGGGGGCGAGCACGCGGCCUGCUUCGCAGAGCUGCGGAGGAACUUUGUGAACACUCGUCCAGCCAAGCUGAAGAACCUGAUCCUGCUCGUGAAGCACUGGUACUACCAGGUCGCAGCUCAGAACAAAAGACAGCAGCCUGCCAGUGCCUCCCUGCCCCCCGUCUACGCCCUGGAGCUCCUGACCAUCUUCGCCUGGGAGCAGGGCUGCAGGGAUGAUUCUUUCAACAUGGCUGAAGGCCUGAAGACGGUCCUAGGGCUCGUCCAGCAGCACCAGAAGCUCUGUGUCUACUGGACGGUCAACUAUAACUUUGAGGACCCAUCUAUCAGAACACACCUUCUUGGCCAGCUUCAGAAACCCAGGCCCCUGCUCCUGGACCCUGCUGACCCCACCUGGAAUGUGGGCCAGGGCAGCUGGGAGCUGUUGGCCCAGGAAGCAGCUGCUCUGGAGACACAGGCCUGCUUUAGGAAUAGACAGGGGACGUCUGUGCAGCCCUGGGAUGUGAUGCCCGCUCUCCUUCACCAAACGCCAGCGGGGGACCUUGACAAGUUCAUCAGUGAGUUCCUGCAGCCCAGCCGCCACUUCUUGGCUCAGGUGAACCAGGCCGUCAAUACCAUCUGCUCAUUCCUGAAGGAAAACUGCUUCCGGAAUUCUUCCACCAAAGUGCUCAAGGUGGUCAAGGGCGGCUCUCUAGCCAAAGGCACAGCUCUGCAAGGCCGCUCGGAUGCUGACCUAGUGGUGUUCCUCAGUUGCUUCGGCCAGUUCACCGAACAAGGGAACAGGCGGGCUGAGAUCAUCUCAGAGAUCCGAGCCCAGCUGGAGGCGUGUCAGCAGGAGAUGCAGUUCGAGGUGAAGUUCGAGAUCCCCAAGUGGGAGAAUUCCCGCGUGUUGAGCUUCUCCCUGAUGUCCCAGACGAUGCUGGAUCAGAGUGUGGACUUUGACGUGCUGCCAGCCUUUAACGCCUUAGGCCAGCUGGGCCCCGGCAGCAAGCCCGCCUCUCAAGUCUACGUCGACCUCAUCCACAGCUACCACAACGCGGGCGAGUUCUCCACCUGCUUCACGGAGCUGCAGCGGGACUUCAUUGCCUCUCGCCCCACCAAGCUCAAGAGUCUGAUCCGACUGGUGAAGCACUGGUACCAGCAGUGCAAGAAGAUGCCCAAGGGGAAAGGCUCCCUGCCCCCCCAGCACGGGCUGGAGCUCCUGACGGUGUACGUGUGGGAGCAGGCCGGCCACGACCCCCAGUUCAACAUGGCGCAGGGCUUCCGCACCGUCCUGGAGCUGGUGGGCCGGUACCGCGAGCUCUGCAUCUACUGGACCAUCAACUACGACAGCAAGGACAAGACUGUCAGGGACUUCCUGAGCCGGCAGCUCCAGAAACCCAGGCCGAUCAUCCUGGAUCCGGCUGACCCGACAGGCAACCUGGGCCACAAUGCUCGCUGGGACCUGCUGGCCCAGGAAGCGGCAGCCUGCACGUCUGCCCUGUGCUGCGUGGGCCGGGACGGCACCCCCAUCCAGCCAUGGCCAGUGAAGCCGGCUGUGUGAAGGCCAGGAUUUGUACAGGCCGGAGGUAGGACACCAGAAGGCCGUGUUUGUACCAGAUGAUGGGAUGGACACCAGCCCUCAGCGUGAGAGACCUCGGGUCACCAGCCAGAUGUGUGUGUGUGUGUGUGUGUGUGCAUGUGUGCACGUGUGUGCGUGCGCGCUUGAGAGAGAGAGAGAAGAGAGAUGGAUUCAGUGCGUCCGCUCCUCCUCUGUCCAGCCUCCCAGCUCCUAUCCCUGCCUUCCCACCCCGUGCCCUCCUCCUGCUCUGAGGAGGCUGAGUUUUAUCAGGCACCGCCUUGGGUCAGAGGGGCACUGGCCACUACAGGGCCACCCUGCCCCCUCCUCCCGUGGCCAUGGGCUGGCAGCAGCCUGGUGCCAGCCUGUCACUGCCGUGAGUCUCCUCUCAGGCAGGUACCGUUGCACCCACACUGCCUCCCGCCCUUCCCCCCCGAGGCUGUCCUCCAUCCCGGCUUCUCUGCCCUCCGCAUCAGUUCACAUCUCCUGCUGAAACCCAACCCCAGCCUCCCAGUGGCCUCUCCUUCUUCCCCAGCCCAACAACUUAUCACAGAGAUGGCAGUCUUCAUGCCAAGUGUCAGCCACGGUACACUGGGUGUGGCUGCCUGGAGCCCUGUGCUCUGGAGGAUUCUGAAGAAUGGCCACCUACCUGAGAAGAGUGCCCUACUCAACUAGUGAUGUCUGCCAUGGACGCAGUAGGGGAAAGCGGUGGCAUGAGUGCGGUGAUGGAUUAGCAAUGUCUGGCCCCCAUGCAGGAAUCAGGACUCGCACAGGCCAUCCGCCUACGGCUGGGCUAUUGAGUUUUCUGAGCUUGGCCACCGGCAGGAGAGCAUGCCCAGAUCGGCUGGGUUUUGUCUGCAACAGACAGAAGUGGGGACGUGCAAUCCCUCCCACGGGACACCUGACUGAAUGCCUUUUGGCUGGAGCCUUAGUUUCUACCCCCUUUGCACACCUUGAGGCCAUGCCCUGUUUGCCUUCUUGAAAUUUUACUGGGCUCCUGUCUUCUCUCCCGAUCUGCUGGGACACCGCCAGUGGGAUUCUCCGGCCAGCCAGUGGCCAAACAGCAGUGCCGGCCCGCUUGUCUCUGCCCUCCAGAGUGAAUCUGCCGUGUCCCUGCAGGCGGCGCCCCUGACCUCCAGGCCAACGGCUGUCCCUCUUAGUCCAGGCACAGCCCAGAAAACAGGAAGUAGUCCAAGCAUCGUAAGCCGGAAGGCAUUCCAUCUAAAGUCCCUGGACAGCCUGGAGGAGUGGAAGGCGAGGACCAUGACGGCACUGAUGAUUUCAAGAUUAAACCCGGUGGCUGAAUCAGAGGUCAGAGAGCUGCCGCCACCACCAGUAACACUGUCACCAGGUCACUGCCUCACGCCCACAGAGCUGGGGCCAGACCCAGAACGUGGGCUCCGGCAGCCACAGGCAUCUCUCGGGACGGGCCAGCCUCCUGCUCUGCAGGGAGACACCUUCUGUCUCCCUCCUGGAGCGCAAUCUGAAUUACAGCCCGAAGUCUGGUGACGGGGCCGUCGGAA